UGAUGUUCGUAGCCUCCCUUCCUGCACUUGGAAGUGUAAUAGGAUCGAAAAAAACGUGCUUCUUUUCAUUACCUUUUUUACUCCACCACCAGUACCCAUCGUGUUAAUCAAACACCAACACCAUUACUUCCAUCUUCUCCGUCCAAGAGAAUUUCCUGGAUGGUUCACUCUAGUGGUUGAUUAAAUAAAACUGCAUUUGUAUCCAGAGGGCAUGGAUGUGUUUAGCAACCAAGAUCUGAACAACGAUUUCCAGCAAGCUGCUGAGCAUGUGAAAUCAAUUGUGGGAUCUUUGGCUGAUGAGCAACUUCUAAAGCUGUAUGCACGAUAUAAACAGGUACUUCUUCCAGCUACAACAGGAAGAUGUAAUAUUCCAAAGCCGCACAUGUUUGACUUCCAAGGGAGAUCUAAGUGGAAUGCCUGGUCACAGCUUGGUGAUAUGAGUUCAGAAGAUGCAAUGGCAGAGUAUAUCUCGGUGCUGGAUUCAUUGGAUGGGACUUGGAGGUCAAAAAUUACUGAAGAAAAAGGGGUAACACAGUCUACUUCCUUUGGAAUGUCUGUCAGUACAAUGAAGAAAGGCGAAGAUGAAGUAUUAAGUGAUAGUGACAAAACUGUUUUUGAUUGGUGUAAAGAAGGUAAUUUAGAAGAACUGAAAAAGCAUAUAGCAACAGAUGAUACUAUCAUUAACAAAAAGGAUGAAGAGGGUCUUUGUUUAUUGCAUUGGUCAUGUGACAGGGGAUUUGAAGACAUUGUGCGAUAUUUACUUGCACAAAAGGCCAGCAUUGACCAACAGGAUUCAGACGGCCAAACAGCAUUGCAUUAUGCAUGCACAUGUGAACGUAAUGCGAUAGUUGAGAUGUUACUGGAACAUGGUGCUAACCCGAAUGUUAGAGAUACAGUGGACUGCGUGCCAGCUGAUAACACAGAGAACCAGCAUAUCCAUAGUCUACUUAAAACAAUGUCUACGAGCUGUCCCACAUGACAUUAUGAUGCUUUGUAGUUAGUACCCCAUCCUUAAUAAUCAAGAGGUUAUGAUUUUGAUUGCAGCAUAUGUGAAUUCUGUUGGCUGUACUGCAAUAGUUUGGGAAUUUAGGUCCCUGUAAAAAAUAUGUUCUUUAGGUAAGACUUUUUUAUUACCUUUGUUUCGCGAAACCGCCGCCGGCUAAUAACGAUAAUUUUGAAUGAAAAUAAAAUUUUAUUUUUGGCCAGUUCGGGCACACGCGCCACUAAAAAUGGAAAUUUAAAAAAAAAAGGGUUUUUUUUUUAUUUUUAUGACGCCCACCACUGCCUUAAA